AUGUGGAGCGCGCAGGGCGCCUUCGAGGGCGGCUACGGCGGCGCGGGCGGCUACGUGCAGUCGCCGGGCGGCUUCGGCUCCCCCGCGGGCACGCAGGCCGAGCGGAAGCAGCGCUCCCGCUCGCAGAACAUCGUGCCCUGCACCGUGUCGCAGCUGCUGGCGGCCGAGCAGGCGGACGAGGCGUUCCGCAUCGGCGCRGCCGACGUGGCGCAGGUCACCGUGGUGGGCAUCGUGCGGCACGCCGAGAAGGCGCCCACCAACAUCCUCUACAAGGUGGACGACAUGACGGCCGCCCCCAUGGACGUGCGGCAGUGGGUCGACACCGACGAGGCAGGUGGUGAGAACACCGUGGUACCUCCGGGAACCUACGUGAAAGUCGCUGGUCAUCUUCGUUCUUUCCAGAAUAAGAAGAGCUUGGUGGCGUUUAAGAUCAUGCCUCUGGAAAACAUGAACGAAUUCACCACGCACAUCCUAGAAAUCGUCAAUGCCCACAUGAUCCUCAGAAAGAACCUUGCGGCGGCGCCGAGGAUGCCGCUGCCGCCGGGCGGGCCGGGCGCCGCGGGCGGCAUCGGCGGGGGCAGCCUGCCGCUCAACGGGCUCACGGCGCAUCAGAGCCAGGUGCUGAACCUCAUCAAGAACUGCCCUGCUGCAGAAGGAAUGAGUCUGCAAGAGCUCAAAUUUCAGCUCCACAAUAUCAAUAUGGCAACAAUCAAGCAAGCAGUUGAAUUCCUGAGCAGCGAGGGACACAUCUACUCAACUGUCGAUGAUGAUCACUAUAAGUCUACGGACGCCGAGUGAAGCCRCGCUUGGUCCUCAACAACGUUUCCACCUGGAUGUGGCUCUCAACAAAUGCCCGUCGGUGCCCCGAGCUGCGCCGCCCGGCUUUGCCCCGCAGAAGYUCCGCUCUGCUCGUUCGGCCCUCGGGCGUCACAGUGGCGCCGCGUGCGACGCUGUCGAUGCCCUGAAGAGCCAAACGCACAGAGUUCUGCUGACUCCAUUCCCCUGCUGAGGCCUGGUGACCAAGAGCAUCGGUGGGGAAGAACAGCACCCUCCAAAACUGCAGAGUUCUACUUUCUUUGUCUUGUUUUUUGUUUGUUUACCAAUAGAGUUACCUGGUUAGAGAGCAGAACUUCUUUCUAAUUUUGUCCUGGGGAGAUCAUCUUUCGUUUUUGGAGUAGUUUCUAACUCGGCUUUCAUUACAUUUCAUUCACAAAGUGGGUAGCCAGCAGCAGUGCUCCACUAAUGUACAGUAAUCAAGACUAGAUUUUUUUUUUUAAUGAUUUUAGUGGUUGAAUUUAAACCUAUAUUUGUACUACAGCAGGAUCUUGUUACUGAAGCCUUGGAGUAUUUCCAGUAAAAUUUUAACUUGAGUAGUCUGGCAUGUUGUGGCUCUACGGGCAUUUGUUCUUUUCUAAAGCAUCUACAUUUGUAAAAGUGGUCCAGCCGCGCACAAACACAGCAUGUGCUUUCACAGGGGUUAUUUGUUUUUGAUUGUAUAUUUUUUUUCUUUGGGUUUUGAAAUAAAUCGCUCUAAAAGGUCAAACUAAACCCAAUGUCUGGACACUGAGAGAUUAAAGCAUUUUGCUAAUGAAAGGAGUUACCAGUUGCAUCACUGGCUUCCAACUACUGCAGAGUCAUUUUUAAAAAGGACACUUUAGCUCAAGCUGAAAACAAUUACAUCCUCUUUAACAGAAUCUCAGCUCUAUCUGUGACGUAUUUUGGGGCUAAUCUGCACUAUGUAAUAGUGGUAUGGGAACUAGUGCAUCUGGAAAGCAGCAGUGACCCCUUUUGCGGGCGGUUUGCAKAUUAGGAAGCAAAACUGAUCAUUUAUGGAAACUCAAAUAA